CGCCGCAUGGGGAAGUGUCGUCGAUCCCCGCGAACGCGUCUACUUUUUUCGAAGUUCUCUGUACAGUUUUUGUUCUAAAGUUUACGAGAAGGUUUUUGUGCUUCAAGUCUUUUGUCCUGUCGAACUUGAAGGAUACGAGACUGCAUUCGGCGGUGUAGUUAAUAAAGUUUAAUACGUUUGGUGUUUUUUUUUUAUUUUCUGUUAUUGUUGAGUUUUUUUGUUUGGUGCAUCGUGCCGGUCCGGUGUUCGGCCGUCUAUCGAGGCACCAAGCCUGGACGCGCGGUAAAGAAGAUCAAGGGACCUAGCCUUUAGGGCGUGUAAUUGUGGUGGUCGGUGCGAGCGGUUCCCGCUCCAAACGUCAAGCUGGCAGCGAGUGCGCUGAGUAUGAACCCGCACUACCACGGGUACGCGGAGCUAAGCUCACCGCACCCGCCCUCGCCGGAGGCGGCGUUCGCGGCGAACGGCCACGACUAUCCACACAACAACAACAAUCCAGCACUCAAAGAGUGUGCAGGUUGCGGAGGCAAAAUUGUAGAGAGGUUUCUCCUACACGCCCUCGACAGAUACUGGCACCACGGCUGUCUAAAAUGCACGUGCUGCGGACAAGCGUUAGCGGAUAUGGGACGCUCGUUUUACUUCAAAGGGGGGAUGAUAUUAUGCAAAAGCGACUACACAAGAAUGUUCGGAUCAAGCGGCGCGUGCGCAGCGUGCGGGCAGGCGAUCCCCGCGAGCGAGUUCGUGAUGCGGACGAACGCGCCCCAACAGCCCUUGCACGUGUUCCACAUAAAAUGCUUCGCAUGCUCCAAGUGUGGGUCACACCUCAUGCAGGGCGAUAGGUACUACAUGCUCGCGGGGUCACUAGUAUGCGAGCAAGAUUGGCAGAAGCUAAUGAAGAACACAAACGCAGCGACGCCCGGCGCGCCUGUGCGCAAGGGCAAAGUGGGUCGUCCGCGUCGCUCGCGCGAAUGAGCGUUGCCUGCGCACGCGCACACGCCCGCGCCUGCACAACUCUCGCACAGGGACUACGAGGAGAUGAUGGCGUGCUCAUAUCUAAGCGCAACGGGGCAGAAGCCGCAACCUUCAAUGGCGGGAUGCUGGACUCCACCUUACUCCCUACCUGAGCCCGAACCCACCCGGAUGGUACCCUAUGUCCGUCCGCCAGCAGCUUGUACCCUAAUGUCAGAACCUGCGCUAGACCUGACCACUACCAUCAAACCUCGAACAGCCUCCAGUGACGAUGACACCUAGUGACAGUGUUGUGCGAAAGACUAUUAAACCAUUCGGCACUAGUAAAUUAUUACUCGCGGCAAUUUCACUUAAUUAGUAAAUAAUCUCAAACUAUUAUUUUAUAAGUAAAAAGAGGAAAAUCAAAUAUAUGCUCACAAAAGUGGCAUGUAACUUGGUUAAUUAGCCAACCUGAGCUCAGUCUUGUGGCGUAGUUCUUCGCGAUGUAUUGUGCUCGUGUUAUCUUAGUAAAAGAACAUGCUAUUAUAAUUGCACUUAUUGUGGUUGAUGUUAGUAUAACCUUGCGAUAUUACAUGUUUAUUCAUUACAAUAGAUUAAAUGUGCGUUUCUAUAAAAUUUGUCAUGACUAAUAAUAAUCAUUGUCUUUAAUAAGACAACCUAUCUACUAGUGCCUCUUUUUACUUGUAAUAUAAUUUGCCCUCAACGAUAAUGCGGUUAGUAAUAAUUGGCCAGGCCCUUGUUAAGUUAUAUUUGAUAAGUUGGUACAUACGCCACCAUGGUUUAUGUUACGUAGAUAACGAAAAUAAUUCUAGACGUACGUAGAGACUAAGGUAGAAAAAAACAUAAACGAAACGCAGGUUUUCCUAUCCAAACAACUCAAUGAAGUUUCUAGAAAAAAACGUGCUAGUUUGAGAGACGUUUGCGGCCCCGUCAAACGUAAAAUUCUGUACUCUACUCUGACCAAUGAAAAAAAUUAUGCAAAAAGGUAUGGUCAGUGCUUGACGAUAAUAACACAACGACGUUCGAUGGAACCGUACGCCUCGCAUGAAAGUGGCAUAACGCCUUUUCCUUACGUGACGUAAUCUCCCAGUCGAAUCCUACUAUAAGCUGCGUUAAGAAACUUCUGCCAACAACAAAUAUUACUGGCGAACGGAGGGUAAUCAAAAUACGAUUUAUAUUUUCUCUAUGUGUGGAUGUAUCGUAUGAUACUAGUUCGCUAUGUUCACGAUGAAAACAACGUGAUCAUAGUGACCAUAGGCCAAAGCUAUUAUAACAAAUUAAAAAUCAUUUAAAUUCGAGGUCUAUCAUAGGCACAACUAUCAUCAUGUUAAAAAACCAUAUUUGGUCCUUCUUACCAAUGAGGAUAUAAACACUAAGUUCUUGUCUCUAAGAAAUUGCAAUUGUCUAUAUCUAGAUUAAAACUAGGCAAAUACAAGUUAGUAAUUUGUUGCCCUGGUUAUGGUUACUAUCUUAUGUAAUAAAAUAAAGAUAGAUUUUAACAUGCCUAAAUGAAACCCUAAAUAUAUAUGCAUAGUCUAUGUUGGCGUUUGUACCCACUAAAUAUUUAAUUUCGGUUGUGAAAAUGGCAAUUUAUGUAAAACUUACUCGCUGCUAUGUAAAUUUUCUUGCAAUUGUGAAUGGGGACGUGUUAAACACAAGUGCGUUGUUUCUUUUUAAAAGUGAUAAUGAAAUGUAAAUGGGGAAACGAAAACGGCAUAUCUUAAAUAAUUAAGUGAUUUAAGGAAGUAAUUUUAGAGCUCCAUACAAAGAAUAAUUAAAUACACUAUAACCGUUUCAUGGAUUUUUUACCCGUUUGUGCACUUUUAUCACUUUGGGCGUUUUCAAUAUAAAAUAUCACUUUCAAAAAUGUUAUUUAUUAUUUAAUGAAGUUUCAGUCAUUAAGCCUUGUAUUCAUUAGUAGGUAUACAUUUUAUAUACAAUACAAGGUUACUCAAACAAUCUGUAAGUAUAACACUAAUACAAUCGAUUAGAAUUAAGGCAAUUUGGUUUCUGUUAGAUGAACGUUAAUACACAAUACGACUUUUUCCUAUAUGUGGUAUUAAUAUCGGGAACGAAGGUGCGUUUGUUUUCGAAACAGAUUUAACUAAAACAUUUGUUGAAACGCUAGUGAAUACGUGGCUUUAUUCUAUUUAUUUAGGUGGUACCUUGCAAUUUUUCAAGAUAAAUUCAAACGAACGCAUUUUAGAAAAUUAUCACUUAUGUAAUCAAGCAGCCCUUAUAAUGUAAUUGUAUGCAAAUCACAUUAUUAUGUAUUAUAGGUAAAACUCGAGGAAUUUAAUGAAGCAAUAAAUUUAUUUUUACUAUGUCGCUCAUAUAACGUUUAUUAUAUGUAUUUCAGUAAUAAAUAUAAAUUCUUGCCAAAAUGUACCUUUUACACCUAAUUAAAGUUAUUUAAUUCUACAAAAUUUCUCUCGCACGCAUUCUCUGAUUUGCAAACUCUGUAAAUAACUCGAAUAAAUUUGUUAUUUCGUUUAUAAUUAACGUGCUGUUACUUAAAUCUUCUAAUAGCCCGUUUAUAUUAUUCAUUAAAUUUGUAAAUAUUAGUAUAAAAUCUAGAUAUAAGUAGACACUUGUACCUAAAGUUUAGGCGCAAAUUUAGCAAUAAUUUUGAUGCCAACAUCUUCGAAGUUAACACUCUGGUUACUUAUGGUCUCUGUAAAUACAGGUCUAAACUUUCUAUCGUAAAGUUAAUAAAAUAUACACAGAAAAGAGUCAGAUUCUAGUUUUACCGCUCGUAUAUACAUUUAUGUUACUCGGUAAGCUUCUUUACAACCUCAAGAAAGCUAUCCGAAGUGGCAGUACCCAUACAAUAUUAACAAUUAAGACUUUUUCGAUUGCUCGUUAAGUUUUUCCCAUUUUGAAAUGUUUCUCUAAGGUUUUAUUUUUCCCCAAACCCGGUAAGAAUAUAUGUAUGUCAUGAAUACAAACAUAUGGAGUGUCUAGACGCUUUUGGCGUCCCCUUUCUGAAAGUAGCAUUUAUUAUAUUGACUAAAGUUUUUAAAUUUUCGCCGAACAUUUACUAGAAUUGCAACAAAGUUCCACAGUGCAAUUUAAAUCAACUGUGCGUUCUAAAGGAUGAUGUAAUAGUAAAAAAAAAGUUUUAUUUUUUCAUUGCUUUAAAACGCCCACUAAAGUUAACGAAUAAUAUUAUUUAUUCGAAUAAUAUAAUUUAAUAAUUAAGAUUUAAAAUUAGUUAUCCUAGCUACAUUUGUUCAAUGUUUAAUAAUGAAAAUGAAAUAUUUGACGAGAAGAACCAUUGUGUCACCCAUUAAAAUUUUACAGGAUACAUUAUAAAAUCAAGAAAGAAAUUAUAACCUAAAAUAAACUAUUUAAAACUAAAUAAAAUCUAAAUCG